GUGUGGGAAAGAAAGUUUGGGAAGUUUCACACGAGCCGUUCGCGUGCGGCCGGGGAUAUAAAUAAGGCAGCGAGGCAGCGCGCGGGCAGACAGUCAACCGCUUGCGUCUGUCGGCGACUAUCACAGAGAGCGCGCGCGCGUGACACUGAAACUCGUUAAAACUCGGGAUAAACACUGCGACGGGGAUAACUUCACUCUGGACUUUUACUGCGCACGGUCCUUUCUUUUUUUCCUCUUUAAGGACAACUUUUGCAUUUUUUUUUCACGUGGAUAUUUUACGCAAAAAAAAAAAACAAAAACAAAAAGAUGCCUGCUGAUAUGAUGGAAAAGAACUCGUCUUCCCCGGUGGCUGCGACCCCGGCGAGCAUGAACACCGUCCCGGACAAACCCAAGACAGCCUCCGAGCACAGAAAGUCAUCAAAACCCAUCAUGGAGAAAAGGAGACGAGCCAGGAUCAACGAAAGCUUGGGUCAGCUCAAAACGCUCAUCCUGGACGCACUGAAAAAAGACCGCUGUUUUCACCCACAGAGCUCCAGACACUCCAAGCUGGAGAAGGCGGACAUCCUGGAGAUGACCGUGAAGCACCUCAGGAACAUGCAGCGCGCGCAGAUGACCGCCGCUCUGAACGCGGACCCCACCGUGCUCGGCAAGUACCGCGCGGGCUUCAGCGAGUGCAUGAACGAGGUGACCCGUUUUCUGUCCACGUGCGAGGGCGUGAACGCUGAAGUGCGCACGCGGCUGCUCGGCCACCUGGCCAACUGCAUGACCCAGCUGAACGCGAUGAACUACCCGACGCAGGCGCACGCCGGACCCGCGCCGCCUCCUCCGACCUUCGGCCAGCCCGUGGUGCAGAUCCCCGGCGCGACGCACGUGCCCGUGCCUGUCUCAGUGCCGGCGUGUAAGAGCGCGCCUCCAUCCGGUGCGUCACCGUCCGACGCUGCCAAGGUAUACGGCGGCUUCCAGCUCGUCCCAGCCACAGACGGACAGUUUGCCUUCUUGAUCCCCAGCGGCGCGUUCACGCCCGGCGGCCCCGUGAUCCCGGUGUACGCGAGCGGCGCGGCCACGCCCCUCCCUGCAGCCGCCGCGUCUCCGCGCGAGGCGUCGCUCACUUCAGACUCCGUCUGGAGGCCUUGGUAGAAAAACAGAGAGAGAGAAAGAGAGAGAGAGAGAGACACUUCUGAAAGACUUUUACACUGUUCAUAUGCUAUGUGUUUCGUCUGAUAAACUUUCACUUGUGUUUUUUUUUUCUUUUUUUUUGUAUGGAAAUGUGUUUUACGAAGAGAUUUUUUAUGCACUAUAUUUGUACAGCUCGAAAGGGAGAGAAGUUCAUAUUGAAAUGAGAUUUAUACUUAUAGCUAAUGUCUGUUGGUUGCAUUUUUUAUAUUUGCGGUAUCUUUUUUUUCUAAAGGUGAUGCCAAAGAUAUGUGGAAUGCUUUUUUUUUUGCGAGAUUCUUCUUUUUGGAAGACUAAUAAAUUUGUUUAAAAAAAAAAAAAUGUCAUGAUGAUGUAAUAUUCCCGCUUUCUAAAGUGUAUCUGGGAAACUUGGGAUCAGUUGCCAAACUCAGAACCGCAACUGACAAGACUGGAAACUCAUUAAGCCGAGACAGAGGACUAAAAUAAACCCGGGGAUUAGUGGUUAAUCACGCGCUGCGGAACAGGGUGUAAAGAUGAUUAAAUAUCAACAAGCACAGACAGGACAGACAUCUCCCAAAUUCAGCCAGACUGUAACAUGUCUGUUUAGGCAGAGCAAUAUGCAUGCAGUACCUUAAUUAGCUUUUGUUAUUUGGAGAAAGAAAAAUAGAUUUUUUUAGGUACUUUACGCAUGGAUUAAUGCGCAAAUACGCACAACAAAACUCAUCAACUCAUUUCCAGAUAAGCUUUAAAAGUCAAUCCAUCCAUUCAUUCAUUCAUUAAAUUAGAUGGAUCAGAGUGUAGAAGCAAUCUAAAGUUUCUAAAAAAAAAUCCACAAAGCAUGGCUUAUUAAAAGUAAAAGGAAAGUAAACAAUUCGGAGUGUGUAUAUUUAGAGCUGGAUAAUUAGCGGAAAGAGACA